AUGCGGAAGCUCAGUGCUGCGACAAUACUGGUGAGCCUUUGCGCGCAUCUCACACCAGUGGCCGCUACACGUAUUCCAGCAGUGGCUCCCCACGUCAACGAUCCGCAACGACCCCUCCUCGAGACAGCCAGGACGGCAACGUUCAAGAAUAGCAGUGAGGCUUUGCAAGAUGUGCUCGAUGCCCUAGAAGCUAUGCAGGAAACUUACUUUGAUAAAUUCGCGGGUACUUGGGGUGAUGCUAUAGACUGGACAGCUGCAGUUGCAGGCACCCAUGUCUCCGCUACGCUGACCGGCAUUGUGGAUGGACUUGAUCUGUCUUUUGGAGGCGUGUGUUCAGACCUUCUACAGUGGGAAAAUGUUGUCAAUCAAUACUAUACACAAACAGCCUUUUUCUACUUUGGCGAAAAUGUCUUCGCCCUGCGAAACCAAGCCUUUGACGAUAUGCUCUGGGUAGUCCUUGGUUGGUUAGAGAGUACCAAGUUUGCUGAUAUGUAUGCCAGAAGGCAUGAGAACGGCCAGGAAUUCGAGACUAGUCCUUGGCAUGGCUUGCAGUUGAGUCCAAUGGCGGCUCAUCGAGCGCGAGUCUUCUACGAGCUGGCCUCUGUAGGAUGGGACGAAUCUCUUUGUAAUGGAGGAAUGACUUGGAAUCCUUCGCUCAACCCAUACAAGAAUGCCAUCACUAACGAGCUCUUCGCUGCGGCUAGCAUAUCCAUGUAUCUUUACUUCCCUGGAGACAACAAUUCAGCCCCGUUCAUCAGCAGCACGCAGGAACAGUAUCACAAAGUGCACAAUCCUGCACACCUAGAGAAUGCCGUCAAGUCAUAUAAGUGGCUGAAAGAGUCGGGUAUGCGUAAUCAAGCUGGACUUUACCAGGAUGGAUUCCACGUCACAGGAUGGCAUCGUUUCCCCAAUGGUACGAUCAAUCCAGGGACGGGCCACUGUGACGAUUUAGACAGGAUGGUAUACACCUAUAACCAAGGUGUUAUGCUCACGGCGAGUCGUGGCUUAUGGCUCGCAACUGGAGCACGCUCCUAUCUAGAUGAUGGGCAUGAGCUGAUCACCAACGUUAUUCGAGCCACAGGCUGGCCGAACACGGAUAAUAUCUGGCGAGGUCUAGGUCGUGGUGGUACUCUAGAAGAGUUUUGCGACCAUGGCCUCUACUGCAGCCAGGACGGCCAAACUUUCAAGGGAAUUUUCUUCCUUCAUCUUACUGAGUUUUGCCGACCUUUACGUGCGUCAGAAAAAGAUAUGGCUUUCCGCCUUGUUGUAGGUGGAUUAGACGAUCAGAUUUAUCAUUAUCACCUCGAAAGAUGCGCCGCUUAUUCGAAGUGGAUCUAUCAUAACGCUGAUGCUGCUCUAGCCACUAAGAAUCAAGCCGGAUUAUUUGGUAUGUGGUGGAAUGUCCCAUAUCAGACUGCGCAUAUCGCUGAAUGGGAAAGCCUUGCUGGAAACCAAUCGCUGCCGGCGGGUGUUUUUGACCAUCGGAACCCAGCUUUAAUAUCAUCUUCAUUGAUCAGUAGUGGCGAUCCGAAUGAUCGAGGUCGUGGACGUACUGUCGAAACUCAGAGUGGUGCUCUGGCAGUUCUUCGUGCGAAAUGGCAGUGGCAGGCUGUGUACAGUUAA